UUGAUUAUGGAAAUUAUUAACUACCAUACUACUACUUUUACUAUUAUUGAAUUACCAAAUGCAUGCUUAGCAAAUAAAAAAAUCCCAAAUGUAUUUAUUAUCACUAACUCCAACGAUAAGCGAGUAACUGAUUUUUCCACCCUGGCGGGUACCUUGUCUCCCUCACUCUCUCUCUCCUCUCUCUCUCACUCUCUCUCUCUCUCUCUCUUAAAAAUUGUCAAGAUUCCUUCACGAUUCUGUCUCUCUGGCUUCUCUGAGCUCUCUCUCCAAUCUUUGCAGGAAAGCUUCUGCCGGAGCGAAAUUCAGUAUCAGUAUAGCCUGAGUCGGUCUCAGGUUGGGAGCUGUUUGGUCCAAACCAGUGGUUUCUAUAACAUGGAUGGGAAUGCCUCGGGCGAGCACAGUGACAAUGUUGACUGGGAUACUGACGAUGAGCAAGAAAUUCAGAACUUUCCGGUAUCUUCGUGUUCAAGUUUGAGACAGCUUGGUGGGGAAGCUAUUGUGGGUUCUGCGGAGGUAAAUGCAAGCUCAUCAACAGGUUCUUCCCACUCCAAAUUGAUUGAUCAUUUUGUAGGAAUGGGGUUUCCUGAGAAAAUGGUUCGGAAAGCUACUGAGGAGAAUGGCGAAGGAAAUACAGAAUCAAUCCUAGAAACUUUGCUUACAUACUCAGCUCUUGAAAACUCUCCUCAACUGCAGGAACCUGUCAAUUUUGAUCACAGUUCGUCGGAAUAUGAUGAGACAUUUGUAGAUGAUUUCUCCGAUUCAGAUAGUUUUUCUGGAAAUGCGGAAAAUACAGAUCCUUUGUUGGAUACAGGGAAGACAAUGUUAUUCUUAACAAAUAUGGGGUAUACGGUGGAAGAGGCUUCAAUGGCAAUGGCUAAAUGCGGUCCGAAUGCCUCAAUCGACGAAUUGGCAGAUUUUAUAUGUGCCGCUCAGAUGGCAACAUCAUAUGCCUCUCUACAAGACCCUCCUGAAGAGAUUAAGCCCAAGCUGGAGCAUAUACCCAGUGGCAGCGGUACACAGAAGAGGAAAUAUUUUGAGAGUGAAUUUUGGGAAAGUAAAAAACAGAAGGGGUAUGAGACAAUGAAGAUGAACGGUGAUGAUGAGACCAUUCGUAUUCCAAAACCAAUGGUUGGCUAUGGAGUCCCAAGAGGACAGGGCCUAAUAUUUAACACCAGAAGCCUGCCGGAGGCAGCCAUAGGGCCACCAUACUUCUAUUAUGAGAAUGUAGCACAAACUCCGAAAGGAGUGUGGGACACUAUCAAACGGUUCUUAUACGAUAUUGAACCAGAGUUUGUAGAUUCCAAGUACUUCUGUGCCGCCGCAAGGAAAAGAGGCUACAUCCACAAUCUCCCCAUCUGCAAUAGGUUUCCUCUACUUCCACUUCCCCCAGACACCAUAAAUGAAGUGUUUCCUUUAACAAAGAGGUGGUGGCCCAAGUGGGAUACAAGAACAAAGUUGAAUUGCUUGCAGACUUCAGUUGCAACUGCAAGCUUGACAGAAAAGAUCCGCAAGGCGCUAGAAGGCGGGGAUGGUGAGCCUUCUCCGGAAAAGCAAAAGCAUAUACUUGAUCUGUGUAGGAAGUGGAAUUUGGUUUGGGUGGGAAAGAAUAAGGUUGCACCCCUGGAGCCUGAUGAAGUGGAAAUGCUUUUGGGGUUCCCGAAGAACCAUACAAGAGGAGGUGGGAUAAGUAGGACUGACAGAUACAAAUCACUCGGUAACUCGUUCCAGGUUGACACAGUAGCAUAUCACCUCUCCGUCUUGAAGGACCUGUACCCAGGAGGCGUUAACAUUCUUUCUCUCUUCUCCGGAAUUGGUGGAGCAGAAGUUGCCCUUCAUCGGCUCGGCAUCCCAUUGAAGAAUGUCGUAUCAGUUGAGAAAUGUGAAGUUAACAGAAACAUUGUGAGGAGUUGGUGGGACCAAACCAACCAGAAAGGAAACCUUAUCGAGUUUGCUGAUGUGCAACAGCUAAAUGCCAACGAGCUGGGGCCGCUUGUUCAUGCAUUUGGUGGCUUUGAUCUUAUUAUUGGUGGAAGCCCGUGCAAUAACCUUGCUGGCAGCAACCGAGUCAGUAGGGACGGGCUGGAGGGUAAAGAAUCUGCACUUUUUUACGACUAUUUUCGUAUUCUGGAUUUGGUUAAGCGCAUAAUGGAGUAACCGCAGUACGGUUAUAUACUAGAGGGGCCUCUUGCCUGAUAGUAGAUCCCUUCGAGCCUUCUCCUCUUAUCAAAUUUUGCGUAUGGUGACUUGUAUAGCAUUUCCUAGUCGAGAUAAAAAAAACAAGUCGAGAAAUAUUGGAAUAAGGAAAUUCUUGACUUUGUUUUGUUGGUAGAAAAUGUGAAGAAAAUAAUUAUGUUGGACUCAAUGUAUCGGAAAUUCUUGACUUUGUUAUGUUGGUUGAAAAUGUGAAGAAAAUAAUAAUUAUGUUGGACUCAA